CCGCCUGGCUGCCGAGAGCGCGGCCGCGGGGCCUGGGGCGCGCCGCUUCCUCCGCGGUCCCGGCUCCCGGCCGCUGCGCAGUCGUCGUUCCCGCCGCCUGUCGCAUCCCGACGGGCUUCUCCGCGCCGCACGUGGGCGCGCCGAGGAUGUGAGAUGGAGCCCGAGGAGCAGGAGCUGCUGAGCGACUACAGGUACAGGAGCUACUCGGCGGGCAUCGAGAAGGCACUCCGCAACUUCGAGUCCUCGAGCGAGUGGGCCGACCUCAUCUCGUCCCUGGGCAAGCUGAACAAGGCGCUGCAGAGCAACCUCAAGUACUCCCUGCUGCCACGGCGGCUCCUCAUCAGCAAGCGGCUGGCGCAGUGCCUGCACCCCGCGCUGCCCAGUGGCGUGCACCUCAAGGCCCUCGAGACCUACGAGAUCGUCUUCAAGAUCGUGGGCACGCGAUGGCUGGCCAAGGACCUCUUCCUGUACAGCUGCGGGCUGUUCCCGCUGCUGGCGCACGCGGCCAUGUCGGUGCGGCCGGUGCUGCUGGGGCUGUACGAGCGGUACUUCCUCCCGCUGCAGAAGCUGCUGCUGCCCGGCCUGCAGGCCUUCAUCGUGGGGCUGCUGCCCGGCCUGGAGGAGGGCUCGGACAUCUAUGACAGGACGGAUGCGCUGCUGCUGAGACUGUCGCUGGUGGUUGGCCGGGAGGUGUUCUACGCCGCGCUCUGGGGCAGCGUCCUGGCCAGCCCGUCCAUCCGCCUGCCCGCCUCGCUCUUCGUGGUGGGCCACAUCAGCCGGGACACGCCCGGCAAGGAGCAGAAGUACAUGCUGGGCACUGACUACCAGCUCACGGUGAAGGCUUUGUGUGCCUCCUUGUUGGAUGCCAACGUUCUGGUGCAGAGGAACAAUCUGGAAAUCGUUCUCUUCUUCUUCCCGUUUUAUACCUGUCUGGACGCCGAGGAGAGGGCCAUCCCGCUGCUCAGGGCGGACAUCGUGCGCAUCCUGGCCGCCGCCACCCAGACCCUGCUGAGAAGGGACAUGUCUCUCAACCGCAGGCUCUACGCGUGGCUCCUGGGCUCGGAUAUCAAAGGAAACACCAUCGCGCCCGAGUCCGGCGACUCGGACUCUUACGAAGACCAGUCCUUGUACUUUUUUGAAAAGUAUUCCAAGGAUCUUCUCAUUGAGGGCCUGGCGGAGAUACUGCACCAGAAGUUCUCAGACGCCGACGUGGAGGAGCGCACCCAUGCCUACCUGAAGCCUUUCCGGAUCCUGGUCAGUCUGCUGGACAAGCCAGAAAUAGGGCCUCAAGUGGUUGAGCAUUUGUUUCUCGAAGUCAUCCGGGCCUUUUAUUCUUACUGCAGCGAUGCACUGGGUUCAGAUCUGAGGCUGAGCUACACGCAGAGUGGAAACUCGAUGAUAAGCACAAUAAAAGAAAAUAGAAAUGCCUCUGAGAUUGUGAAAACAGUGAAUUUGCUGAUCACCUCACUCAGCACUGACUUCCUCUGGGAUUAUAUGAUGCGAUGUUUUGAAGACUGCUUUAGGCCCCCAAAGCAGAGUGACGAUGGUGGUGGGGGUACCAUCAGCCCACCCCCGAGCGUGUCAGAGCUCUGCACGCUGCUGGUGUUCCUCCUAGACGUCAUCCCCCUGGAACUUUAUUCUGAGGUGCAAACACAGUACCUUCCACAGGUGCUUGGCUGCCUGGUACAGCCCCUGGCUGACAAGCUGGAAGCUUUGAGCUUGCCAGAGCUCACACAUGCCCUGAAGACGUGUUUUAAGGUGCUCAGCAAAGUGCAGAUGCCGCCGUCCUACCUGGAUGCGGAGUCUGCAAGCUCGAGUCCGGUAAAAGGUGAGAACAGUGAGAUCGUGUUAGACAUCAAGGCGCUGGUGUCCGGGGACGAAGACGCCGCCUUCCCUCCGCUGAAGUCCGAGGACAGCGGGAUCGGGCUCAGCGCGUCCUCCCCGGAGCUCUCCGAGCACCUAAGGGUGCCCCGGGUUUCUCCUGAGAAAGACGACGUGUGGAAGAAGGGGGGGACCAUGCAGAGGACGUUUCUCUGCAUCCAGGAGCUGAUCGCCAACUUCGCCCACAAGAACAUUUUCGGGGUGCCACUCACGACGGCGGCCGAGGACAGCGCGUCGGAGGAGCCCGCGGGCCCGCGGGAGGAGGGCGCGGGCGGCAGGAAGAACUCCUGGGAGGCCAGGCCCCUCACCGUGCCCCAGUUCAAGCAGAUGCUCUCUGACCUGUUCACCGUCCGGGGGUCUCCAUUCAAGGCCAAGAGCGCGGGGUCGCCGCGGCCUCCCGACAGCCCGAGCCGGAAGGAGGGCGAGUGGGCCGUGGAGCAAGCGGCCGUGGCGCUGCGCGGCUCCCGGGAGGGCUGCAGGGAGGCCUUCGCCGCCGCCUGCCACCUGCUGCUGGAGUGCGCCACCUUCCCCGUCUACCUGUCCGAGGACGAGACUGAGAGCCUCUACGACUCGCUCUUCCAGCUUCCCGGAGCCAGCGAUGCAGCCUUUCCCCUGUGGCUGCGGUCCCUGAUGACCAUCUGCUGCUGCGUGAACGACUGCUACCUGCAGAAUGUGGCCAUCUCCACGCUGCUGGAAGUGAUCAACCACUCCCAGUCCCUCGCUCUCGUCAUCGAGGACAAGAUGCAGCGAUACAAGAGCUCAGGACACAACCCAUUCUUCGGCAAGCUGCAGAUGGUGACAGUCCCCCCCAUUGCUCCUGGGAUCCUGAGAAUCAUUGCCGAGAAGACAGACUUCUAUCAGAGAGUGGCCCGGGUGCUGUGGAACCAGCUGAACAAGGAGACUCGGGAGCACCACGUGACGUGCGUGGAGCUCUUCUACCGGCUGCACUGCCUGGCGCCGACGGCCAGCAUCUGCGAGGACAUCAUCUGCCAUGCGCUGCUGGACCCCGACAAGGGAACGAGACUGGAGGCGCUGUUUCGCUUCUCCGUCAUCUGGCACCUGACGAGGGAGAUCCAGGGCUGCCGAGUCACAUCCCGCAACCGCUCCUUUGACAGGUCCCUGUUCGUGGUGCUGGACAGCCUGACCUGUACGGAUGGUGCCAUCGGCGCGGCCGCCCAGGGCUGGCUGGUGCGGGCUCUGUCCCUCGGGGACGUGGCACGCAUUCUCGAGCCCGUGCUGCUGCUCCUACUGCAGCCCAAAACCCAGAGGACCUCCAUCCGCUGCUUCAAGCAGGAGGACACGGCGGAAGACUUGCAGCGCUGGCUGCACCGGAAGAAAACGUCUUUCCAAGAGGCAAGUGGCGCAGCCGAGCCUCCGGAAGGCGGCAUGGACGAGGCCGUGCCGCUGAGCCAGCUCACCACGGUGGACCGCGAGGCCAUCUGGGCCGAGGUGGAGAAGGAGCCGGCCAGGUGCCUGCUGCCGGGCCGCGCGCCCAGCGAGGACGACCUUCCUGGCUGCGAGGAGCCGGCCGACAGCAGCGAGCACACGGAGUCGGCCGACACCUGCUCCAGCCACACGGACAGCGAGAACACGUCCUCCUUCUCCUCCCCGUCCCACGAGCCGCCCGAGCUGAGCGCUGAGGAGACCUGCUGCGCCCCGGUCGUCACCCGGCCGCCGCCACCGCCCCCGGGGGACAGCUGCGUGAGCCUGCGCCGCGUGGACUCGGACAAGACGCAGGCCUCAGAGUCGCUGUCCAGCGACGAGGAGGCCGAGGUGGAGCUGCAGGCGCUGGCCUUGCCCCCGGGGCGGCCGGCGCGGGAGCAGCGCGAGGGCCUGGAGGCCCUGUUCAAGCACAUCCUGCUCUACCUGCAGCCCUACGACUCCCGGCGCGUGCUCUACGCCUUCUCCCUGCUGGAGGCCGUGCUCAAGACCAACCCCCGGGAGUUCGUGGAGGCCGUGUCGGCCACCAGCAUGGACACCAGCUCCACCGCGCACCUCAACCUCAUCUCCAACCUCCUGGCGCGCCACCAGGAGGCCCUGGUGGGCCAGAGCUUCUACGGGAAGCUGCCGCCCCAGAGCCCCCCGGCCUGCCCCCACCCGCUGCUCAUCGAGCUGCUCACCUACCUGUGCCUCAGCUUCCUGCGCAGCUACUACCCCUGCUACCUGAAGGUGGCGCACCGCGACGUCCUGGGCAACCGCGACGUGCAGGUCAAGAGCGUGGAGGUGCUCAUCCGCCUCGUGACGCAGCUGGUCUCCGUGGCCAAGGCGGCCGAGGGCGCGGGCGCCGACUUCAUCCACGGCCUGCUGCAAAGGUGCCAGCUGCAGGAGUUCGUGCUGCUCUCGCUCUCGGCGUCCAUGCACACCAGCCAGCGGCGCCACGGGCUGGCCGCGGGCACGUCCGCCGCUCCCGGCCGGGACGAGGGCCUCCUGGAGGAGCGCCUCAUCAACCUGGGCCAGGAGCAGGUCUGGAGCGAGCACCCGCUGCAGAUCGAGCUGCUGAAGCUCCUGCAGGUGCUCAUCGUCCUGGAGCACCACCUGGGCCAGGCCCGCGAGGAGGCCGAGCGGCAGCCCGAGCUGGCCCGGGAGUGGCGGCGGGCCGUGAGCUUCCAGCAGGCCAUCGGCGCGAGGAGCUACGUGCAGCCCCACCCGCUCACCUCGCAGGGGCUGCUGGUGGCGGCCGUGGUGCGCGGGCUGCAGCCGGCCUACGGCUACGGCAUGCACCCGGCCUGGGUCAGCCUGGUCACGCAGUCCUUGCCCUACUUCGGGAAGUCGCUGGGCUGGACCGUGACCCCCUUCGUGGUCCAGAUCUGCAAAAACUUGGACGAGCUGGUCAAGCAAUAUGAGAGUGAGUCUGUGAAGCUGCCCGUCAGCAAUACCUCCAAGAGGGAAAACGUUUCUCCGGAUUACCCGCUCACGCUACUGGAAGGUCUGACAACCAUUAGUCACUUUUGCCUUUUGGAGCAACCCAACCAAAACAAAAAGACGGCGGCCGUCAGUGACCCCAGCAGCUUGAAGAAUGCCAAGAACGCCAUCCUGGAAGAGCUGCCCCGGAUCGUCAGCACCAUGGCUCUCCUCUGGAAUGUUCUCAAAAGGGAGGAGACUCAAAAGAGACCCGUUGAUCUUCUCGGAGCCACCAAGGGGUCCUCGUCCGUGUACUUUAAGACCACCAAAACCAUCCGGCAGAAGAUCCUGGACUUCCUGAACCCCUUGGCAGCCCACCUCGGUGUGCAGCUGAUGGCCGCGGUCGCGGCGGUGUGGAGCAGAAAGAGAGUCAAACGGCACAGUAAGACGAAGAUCCUCCCGGCGGCCAGCGUGGCCCAGCUCACGCUGGUGGACCUGGUGUGCGCGCUCGGCGCCCUGCAGACGGACGCCGUGCUGCAGCUGGUGAAGGAGGUGGUGAAGCGGCCGCCGCCCCUCCGCGGGGACGAGAAAUCACCCCUUGUGGAUAUUCCUGUGUUGCAGUUUUGUUUCGCUUUCAUCCAGAGGCUCCCAGGAGCAGCCUUGCAAGAGAACUUCCCUUCCCUGCUGGGCGUGUUCAAGGAGUCUGUGCAGCUAAACCUCGCUCCCCCCGGCUACUUUCUGCUCCUCAGCAUGCUGAAUGACUUUGUGACGAGGACGCCCAACCUGGAAAGCAAGAAAGACCAGAGGGACCUGCAGGAAGUCACGCAGAAGAUCCUGGAAGCCGUGGGGAACAUCGCCGGCUCCUCCCUGGAGCAGACCAGCUGGCUCAGCAGGAACCUGGAGGUCAAGGCCCAGCCCCAGGUCGAGCUGGAGGAGUCUGAUGCCGAGGAGGAGCUGUGUGACGCUGCUGACACUGCUGCCACCACGUCAGCGAUGGUGUCCUCGUCCGCCCCUUCCGUGUACAGCGUGCAGGCCCUCUCUCUCCUGGCAGAGGUGCUGGCCCCGCUGCUGGACAUGGUGUACCGGAGCGACGAGAAGGAGAAGGCCGUGCCCCUGAUCUCCCGCUUGCUCUACUACGUUUUCCCUUAUUUGCGCAACCACAGCGCCUACAAUGCGCCCAGCUUCAGGGCCGGCUCGCAGCUGCUGAGCUCACUGAGCGGCUACGCCUACACCAAGCGGGCCUGGAAGAAGGAGGUGCUGGACCUGUUCCUGGACCCCGCCUUCUUCCAGAUGGACACCUCGUGUGUGCACUGGAAGUCCAUCAUUGACCAUCUGCUGACUCACGAGAAAACAAUGUUCAAGGACUUAAUGACCAUGCAGAGCAGCUCCCUGAAGCUCUUCUCGAGCCUCACCCAGAAGGCCAUGCUGCUGAAGCGCCAGGCGUUCGCGGUCUUCAGCGGCGAGCUGGACCAGUACCACCUGUACCUGCCUCUGAUCCAAGAACGCCUGACGGACAAUCUCCGCGUGGGACCGACGUCCACAGUCGCUGCUCAGAUGUUUCUUUUUUUCAGAGUUCUGCUGCUCAGAAUAUCCCCGCAGCAUCUGACCUCUCUGUGGCCCAUCAUGGUCUCUGAGUUAAUUCAGACCUUCCUGCAGCUGGAAGAAGAGCUGAAGGAGGAGGAGGAGUCUUCGAGAAACAGCAGCAAACCGGGCCGGGCGAAAGCCCCCGAGGCCGCGGGGGAGCCCCCCGCCAGCGCCAGCGUGUACCUGUCAGCCUGCAAAUUCCUGGACACGGCCCUCUCCUUCCCCCCCGACAAGAUGCCGCUGUUUCAGGUGUACAGGUGGGCCUUUGUUCCAGAGGUGGACACAGACGGCCCUGAAUUCCUGUCGGAGUCGGACGAGAGUCAUCAGGAGUGCACGCCCCACACUGUCCGGAUCCUCAAACUCCUCAAGCUGAAAUACGGGGAGGUUGACGGCGCGGAUGAGGUCACCCUGAAGAGGGAGUUUCCCCUUCUGCGCCAGCAUUCUGUCUCCAGCAUGAAGCAGUUGAUGCCGUUCUUCAGAACGCUCAACCACGCGUUCAGAACCCAGAGCAGACUCCCUGCCGCCGGCCCCGGCCCACCGUCCUCCGAGUUUCCCAUCACCGACAGCCCGAAGGUCCUCAGGCAGCUGGAGGAAUGUGUGGAGUACGACUUUCUGGAGCAUCUGGAGUGCUGACCGCCGGGAGCAGAGUCCAGGGAACACUUGCUGGCUUCUGGGGGAGAGCCGGGCCUGCAGCCGUUCCGUGUCUGGGCUCCAGACGCACAGACCCGGCCAGCGGCCUGUUUCAGACUGACAUGAGUUACACUGGGUUUGGCACUUGGGGCACGGGGUGGUGCCCCCAGCCUCCGCACUGGGCCAGGCUCAGCCGUCUCACUGUCUCUGAAGGAGGCAGGGGUCAGGGUCACGCUUUGAAACAAGCCUGUCCAAGUCGGGGGGCGAGCUCCAAAUAUCUGGGGCCGGCACGUCCCCCUUGUAACAUACUUGGGUCUGAGUCGAGUUUUCUUCCUUAUCUUAUGUAAAUAAAAUAAAGUUAAUAUA